CGGGCUCGAGGAGCCCUUGAGCUCGGGGCUCUCUCCCGGGACAGCAUGCCAAAUAAGCUUUGUAAAUCAUCAGCUAAGUGUGAACUCUUGAAAUGGUCUUAUAGUAGUAGUGGACAUUAUCCCCCUGCACAUCCCACUAGAGGUGUCCAAUAUGACCCUCAUAGAGGGUUCCUCUAAAGCUCUCACUCAGAACAUUAUCAAAGUCGUCAACCAACACUUUCAAGGCCUCCAAAUCUUCUAUCUUGUAACCGAGGGGCCCCAUCAUGGUCGAAUUGAGCAUUCAAGAAUCCCUGGUGUACCUAUUCCAUCUUUCACAAGAGCUCAAGCUGAACAAGGGUUCAUUUUCUAUGUCCAUGAUGGAAGUGAGACAGUGGCUGAUAAUUUUACAGUGGUGGCCAAUGAUACAGAUAUUCGGAAGCAAAGUUUGCCUUUUGUGGUUUAUGUCGACAUAACACCCAUAAAUGAUGAAUCUCCAAUUAUAACUGUCAACAGGAUUCUCAAGGUAUGGGAAGGUUCUGUGACACAAAUAACUAAUGAAGACCUCAGUGCGGAGGAUCCAGAUUCUCCUCCUGAGAGCCUAGAAUUCAUCAUCACUCCACCAAAUAAUGGGCAUUUGGCCCUGAAGAAUGCCCCCUCUAGGCCAGUUCUGAACUUCACCCAAGAGCAUAUCAGUCAUGGCCAGCUGGUGUUUGUACAUAAUGGUGCUAUGUCUGGAGGAUUUCACUUUCAAGUCAAUGAUGGUUUGAACUUCGCUCCAAGGCAAAUCUUCAGCAUUACAGCCCAAUCUCUGAUCAUUAGCUUAGAGAAAAAUAAGGAGCUCAGAGUUUUCCCAGGUUCUUCAAAGUUAAUUUCGGAAGAUGAGCUGCUGAUUCUCACAAAUGACUAUGAUGAUAUUCAUGGCAAUCGCACCAUCAUCUACACAGUAACUUCACCUCCAAGAUUGGGAAGCCUAAUCUGGAAACAAGCAGAAAAUUCCACACAAGAAAUCUCGACUUUCACCCAGACUAUGGUGAAAGAAAGUGCUGUGCUGUAUGCACAGACUAAACCUGUUGCAUGGGCUGCUACAGAUUCCUUUACCUUCACAGCAUCCUGCCCUCCAGCCUUCCUUCAACCUCACACCUUUAAUAUCCACAUCUCUUAUGAAAACACUGAUCAGGAGCAUAGGAGUGCACUGCAUGCAAAUACAGGAGCUGUUGUCGCUGAGGGUAGCAGUGUUCUCAUUGAUAAAUCAAAAUUGGAUGGCUCCAACCUUUUGGGAAUGUUAGAUGAAGAUGAACGCAAUUUCUAUGAGGUCUGGUAUGAAAUCAUCUCUCCACCCCACCAUGGUACAAUUGUUGUAGGGGAAAAGAAUCUGACGCAUGAAAGACCAAAGUUCUCUCAAAUCAACCUCCACAAGCAUGGAAUCAUAUAUGUGCAUGACGACUCGGAGACCACUCAUGAUAACUUCACUUUUAACGUGUGGCUAAACCCCAAAGGAAAGCUUGCUCAACGUCCCCAGAAAGCAGAUAACAUGAUAUCUGAAAUAUUUAAUAUUACUGUGACCCCUGUUAAUGACCGACCUCCUGUGCUCAAGACAGGAUCCCCUAGACUCAAAGUGGUCAAAGGGGACACUGUGAUUUUGGACACUGAGAACCUUUACGUGGAGGACCAAGACACUCCACCUGAGGAGAUUUACUAUACUGUAAUCAGCAGGCCUAAAAAUGGCUUCCUUGCUUUGGAGGGUCAACUUAACAAGUCUACACUGAAUUUCACCCAGGCUGAUGUAAAUCAUGGAAAGGUGCAUUUUGUGCAACAAGGGGAACUCUCAUCCGGGGUCAUUUACUUCAGUAUUACUGAUGGAUUCCACAGACCACUUUACAAGUUGUUCAGCAUAGAGGUUGAGAAUAUCACCAUCAGUGUGGUCAACAACACUGGACUGACUCUGUUGCAAGGUCAGACCACAGUGACUUUGACAUUUGAGCACCUGGCCGCAGUCACCAACGAGAGGGAUGCAUCCAUUAGAUAUUUAGUUACCGCCCAACCAAAUCAUGGGAGUAUCAUGGUUAUGGAAGAGUCUGUCACACACUUUGAGCAAGAGGACUUGCACACCGGCAGAGUAUUUUAUCACAUGACUGAUCUAUCAUCCUCUCAAGACAGCUUUGAGUUCACAGUCUUUACAUCUGAGAGUAACCUGACCAACCAGGUGGUAAACAUCACAGUCAGGCCACUGAUUCACAUCGGAGAGCAUGUCAGGAUCCCAGAUGGCAUCCCAGUGAAGCUAAGAAAGGACGUCCUGGAUGCAACAGAAUUGGCUUCCCUUAGUGCUAGCGAUCCCAUCUUUGAAAUCCUUGAGCCACCUAAACAUGGCAAACUAGUCAAAGUCACAUUUGACCGCGGAGGAGCCCCUCACUCAGUCCAGUCCUUUUCAUUUCGGGAUGUGGAACAGGGGAGAGUGGCUAUUGUAGAAAACAUAAACUUCCAUGCCAUUUAUAGCAACACAACAGCAGCCAGGCACAACGUCACAACGGUCCAUCCACUUAAUGACUCAUUUGUUUUCCUUUUGACGGCUGCCAAUGUUCAGCCUGCCAUGGGCGAGUUUGUGUACUUAGUAUUACCAUUUGAUCCCAUUACAGGGAAGCAUAUACUUUUAGAGCCAACCAAGCUGCCAACUUUCAACAUAACAACAAAUAAUAUGUCACCCAUGUACCCUCCAUCUCAUAUAGAUCCAACAAGUAGACCACACAGGACUGCUUCAAAACUGAAACCUCGAAAGCAUUGGGGGAACCACACAAGAAAUAGAUCUGCGGUUCCACAUGUGCCCCGUACCACAAUGGGCAAGCUGGACCCCUUCCCAAAAAAUACUUUAGUGAGGAUGGAAUCUUUUCCAAGACCUGCAUCUGAUCCCCUGCUCAUCAUCCUGCCACUUCUAGCCUGCCUCCUCCUGAUUGUCAUUCUUGUGGUUCUCAUUCUUGUCUUCCGGCACCGCAGGGAAAAACGGGCACACCCGUCAAUGAUACAAGGGCUGACAGGGAACCCUGGUGAAGAUAUUCUAGCCAGAGGCCCAUAUUUGGGUCAGCCUGAGAGAAGUCUUGCUGUUCCAUCAGUUAUAGUAACCCCACUCACACCAAGCUGCCCUGACAGCCCUGUUUUAGAAGUACAUGAUCCUGCCUUGAUGCCAGCAAUGGAACGAUCUGUGUCUCCAUUUCUCCUUUGCACAUGGAGCCCACUUGACCCUGUUUCUGCCCAGCAAUGCUCACCAGCGACACCAUCCCUUAAACAAAACCAGCAAUGGGUUUGACUCAACUCCUUUUAUCACAUCCAGAUGUUUCUUGAACUAAUUUUGUGAACUGUCAUUGUGCAUGACGAGCCAACUCUUAGCAUUACUGGCAGAAGAAAUGAAGUUUUAUACCACGCAUAAGAGAAACCUAAAUAUCUACUUGUAUUUUUGAUAGCAUUUGGAUUUUAAUCUUGUGGACUGAAGAUCUCCUGACUUUGUAUCAAAGGAAAGAUGACCAAAUAACUUUUUGAUGUUGUCCAGUUUUCAUCCUGCCACAGCUUAGAUAUUUUAUUGUUUUGUUUCAUACGAUUGGAAACCAUUUUUGUUGUUCCAGGGUCAAUGUAAUUUGCAAUUACAUAUUCCAUUAAAUGCUGUCAGGGGAAAAUA